GAGUAUCUAUGCCAUUCGUCAUGUAAUAUAAACAUACUUUCCUACAACAAGGAAUUGAACAAUAAGAACUGUACGCCAACUCGAUCGUUAUGUGCUGGACUAUAGUUUUGAUGAUCAUUAACAUGAUGUAUGAAUUUUGUUUAGAAUCAUUCAGAGAAAUGAUUGUCUGUCAGAAAAAGUAGUAUCUCUAUCUAAUGAAGGAAUAUUCUUAAGUAGGACUUAUCAAUCGAACUGAUAUUUUGCUGAUUAGUCAGUCUCAUGGACUUUUGAAUAUUCUGGAAAAUUUAACCCAAAAGAGUAUGUUCUUCUUCGAAUAUGGAAUAUCCAAAAUAAAACUUAUUUAUCAUAGGCAAAGGUAAGAAAACACAUUAUUUUUAACAAUGGAUAUAUGAAAAAGAAAAUAUGGUUUUGAGUUGAAAUUUGAAGACAUUCAAGGUCUACGAGAUCUGCUUAUGGACAAUAUCUCACAUCCAAAUUUCAUACUAUGAUUUCUUCUGAAAUACGCUGUCAGAAAUUUAACAAAAAAGUAACUAAAAUUAUAAUAACCUAGAAAGUACAAUGCAUAGGGAUGAAUCUUUAGAGACUUCUGUUAGUUUGAUUGGGGUCUAAUUACUGGAAAAAUAUAAGUUUAAUUUGACAAUUUAAACUUGGGAACCUCCCAUCAUCUGUCCGCAGUUUCUUUUGUGAAACUCGCAUAUUCUUUCGCAGGAAAUCGUGACUGUAAAUUAGUAGUCGAAGUUUUUCACCUCCUCCAUACCUAUAACAGACGUUAGCAAUCGCGAACGACGGUGAUCAGACUCUUUUCUUAGAGUUCCUUAGUAACACGAAAAACUACUGAAUUGAGACAUGCUCUAUAUAUAAUGAAUACGUGUAACAGGAUUAUUCGUUAGUUCAAUCAAUGGUUAAAAUGUGAAUUAUAUUUGAAUUAAGAGUCAUACAAUGUUAAAAAGAGAAUAACGAGUGCAUAGCAACACGAUAAACAAAAAAUUAUACCAGAUAUAAAAGAAACAAAAACAAUUUUGUUUCAAAUGUAAAAAAUAAACAGAAGAAGUCGUAUCUAUGGCGGCCGAUUUUCUUGAAAAAGAAUUCAAGUUUGCGAAAAAGUUUUCUUUUGACAUAUUUUCGAUAAGUAUAAUUAGAGUAAAAAACCUGUGAACUUCACCUUUUAUCACCUCUGAAGCUACACAAACAAGCUUUUAUUACUCUCACACUUGUCAAGUUCUAUUGACUUGAUUUGUUUCGAUUGUUAUUCAAUAACUUAAUCAAUUUUCUAUCAUAUUAUUUUUCUAAUGCCGUGAAAUAAACUAUUCUUGUUUAAUUAGUUUUUGGUCUAAUUUUGUCAAUUGAUUAAAUAAAGUAAAACAAUAUAGAGCAAACCGUCUUUUUGUGUUAUAGUUUAAAUUAAGUACUAAAUCUUCAUCACAAGCAACGGCAUCGAGCAGGAUACAACUUCAACAGAAAGAACGACAAAAUAGCCAGUGGGAAAAUAAAUAUUUUAUUCAUGGAGACUCAUCAGAUAUUGUUGCUGAUGUUAAAAAUCAAGUGCAUGGUUGUAUUGCUUCUUCUGUUUCAGAAAAUAUUGAUAUAUAUUUAUCUCAACUUCAUGAUAUUACUAUAACAGCUGAUAACAUUCUUCAUCAGCGUUUAUUGACAAUAUCAUCUUUAGAAGAAAACGUUAUUCAACAAAUUAUUCAAGAAAGACAGAGUCUUAUUGAUAAAAUACUAAUUAAGGGUCGUUCACAAAUGGAUCAAUCAGAAGACUAUUAUCGAAAACUAAUAGAAGACUUUAUUGCUAAAUUACAAAUUGAAAUGUCAAAACAUUUAGAUUUAUUACAAAAACAAAUCGAAGCUGAAAAACAAAGUGUUUUUUCUCAUGCAAAUAGUAACAUUCAAGAUUUAACAGUGAGAUCAGAAAAUGCUAAAAGACAAUUUCUUCAGAUAUUACAAGUUUUUGCUGAAUCGAAACGUCAAGGAGUAUUGGAUGAAAUGUCUAGUACUUCUAUGGAUAGAACACUUCAACCUCUUGGUUAUGAACAAUUAAGAAAACUUAAUGUAGAAAUGUAUUCUACUGUAGGCAUGAAAAAAGAAGGACAAGGUUGUGAUAAUAUACCUGACAGAAAUAAAUAUAUCAAAGAUAUUAAUGAUGCGAAACCGAAUCAGCCUCUUAAAAGGACCGUUUAUAUUGGAAGUAGUGGUGAUUCAAUAUUAGAAAGUUACAAAUAA